GGCACAGUUGGGUGUGAGUGGAGGGGGGUUGACCCAUUCAUGCUGGCCGUCGUCUUCCCCAACGCACAAAAACAAAUGAAUUAGACAACAGCUUCCACUUCGUAAUGGCCGUCCUUUCUCACUCCCCUUCUAUGUAGCUUUCGCCUCGCCAUGCCCAUUUCCCCCUCCAUUCCAUGGCCAAAGAUGCCGACAACUCCUCCUCCUACACCAACCACCUAACCAUCCUCAUCAUCGCCGUCUCCGCAGCCGCCCUCGUCGUCCUCAUCUACCACUUCACCAUCGUCUGCUGUAAGGGCCGCAUCCGCCGCAGACCGCCCCCCGCGCCACCACAGCGGCAGCAGGACCCGCCGAGCAGCAGCCUCGACGCCUCCGUGGCCGAGCUCAUCCCAGCCCACAAGUACCGGAAGAGCGACGAUUGCGGCGGCGGGCGCGACAAUACUUGCGCCGUCUGCCUCUGCGAGUUCGAGGACGGCGAGGAGAUUCGGACGCUGCCGGAGUGCGGGCACUCGUUCCACGCCGAUUGCAUUGACAUGUGGCUGUACUCGCACUUCACGUGCCCCGUCUGCCGGACGGACAACACGCCGUCGCCGCUGGUGUUGAGGCGGCUGUUGGAAUGUUCCAGCAGUUCUGAUCGGACCUUGGGAAGAAGCAUGGGCCCCAAUAAUAAUUUGGGGAUGCAGUGAAGUGAGUCUGUUCUGUUGUGACUGUGAAGACCGAGAUGGAAGAACAUGUGCGUUUGUUUGUACUUCCCUGUCAUGCAUGCUUUGACAAUAUUAUUGUGGGAUCAACCUUAAUUUACUCGAUCACUUUUAGAUCAAAUUAAGGAAAUAUUAUUAUGAGAAAUUCGAUAUCCUCUUCUCUUCUGUACACACUAACAACAGCUAUAGCAUGGAUAUUGAAAUUA